AACAUCUGGGGGGGGGAAGAAGAAGAUUAAAUCUCCAUCAGAGGACUUUGGAGAUUAGGCUGCCUGUGUUUGGCAUCUCCGAGCUGCAGACUCGAUGCUGCGGAGGAAAAAUGACUUGUGAUUCGGGCCUCUGAGGGGAGCGAUCAUCCGUGUCCGCGCUUUUUUCUUUUUCUUUCUUUUUUUUUUUUUUUUAAGUGUCGAACAGGCACGGGCCGAAGCAUGCAGCACCCGCUGGACAUGGGCGCCCACUACUACCCGCCCGACGUCCAGCCGGACCACAGGACUCACCGCUACAGGAGUUUCAUGAUAGAGGAAAUUCUGACGGAUCACCCGGAGCACAAAACAUCGGCGCCGGCCGGAGAGCUGCUCAAGUUCGGGGUGCAGGCUCUUCUGUCCGCCCGGCCGUUUCACAGUCAGCUGGUGCUAAAAGCCGACCAGGCGAACCUCCUCAAGUUCCCCUUGUCCCCGCUGUCCUGCACGCUGGGCUCCGCGCUCGGCUCCCCGCUUCUGUCCGCCGCUCCGGGCCUGCAGGUCGGACCCGCCAGCCACCACCUGCCGCUUGACCUGCACCUGCGCGGCAAGCUGGAGCACGGAGCCGACGGCGGCGGGAAGAGCAAGAAGGGCCGCCGGAGUCGCACCGUGUUCACCGAGCUGCAGCUAAUGGGCCUGGAGAAGCGCUUCGAGAAGCAGAAGUACCUCUCCACCCCGGACAGAAUAGAUUUGGCCGAGUCUUUGGGCCUCAGUCAGCUGCAAGUGAAAACCUGGUACCAGAACAGGAGGAUGAAAUGGAAGAAAAUUGUUCUACAGGGAGGAGGGCUGGAGUCCCCCACCAAGCCAAAAGGCCGACCAAAGAAGAACUCCAUCCCCAGUAGCGAUCAGCUCUCUGAGCAGGAGCGAUCUGCUGCCGACGGCGACCAUCAGUCCGAGGGGUCAAGCUCUCACUUCGAGAACACACAAGAAGAGUGAAGUAAUUCAGCUGGACACGUGGAACCGCUGGGACGCUCAGCGCUCCUUUAGGAGAACACUUCCAAGAGACCUGAUAUGCUCCAGGAAGCAGCCGUGUGUUGUUGUUUUUUUUUGCGUUCCCUCAUGAUGAACUUGCUGCUGUUCAGGAAGGAACUCAAACCUUUGCAGUAGGUCUGUUUUCACCUUCUAAGGACCCACUUUUACUCAUCUGUUUUGCAUUCCUUUUUAUGUAACUGUGCUAUGUUUAAUUAUUAAAUAUAUUUUCAGUAAGG